AUUAUGAGUGGAUUGGGUUGGUUUGAUAACAUGCUGCAUUUUGGCAAUUUGGUCAUAUGAUUUGGCCAAGGGAAAGCUAGUAAUGAUCAGCAACUCACUCGAAAAUAUAUAUAGAAUAAAGUGUGCGUGUAUGGAGAGAUUUUGAGUUUGAAUAUCACUUAAGUUUGAGUUGUAGCUCCAUUUUAUUUGGAAGAUGGAGUAGAGAAAAGUUAUCAAAAUAUGUGACCUUAUCUAAAAAAAAAAUUUAGCUGCAACCAUAUACAAAAUUGCUGGUGUUGUGCAUUAUGACUUGUAGUGAAAUGAUGGAUCAUCAAUGUUUAUUCUUUCUUACUGUUGAUUGAAGAUUGAAAGAGUCUACAUAUAUAUGAAGAAAGAUUAAAAAAUAGUGAAAUAACUUGGCCGCCGCUGAUGUAUAUUAGCUAAGGUAUGAUGAAAUAAGAGCCUUGACGGUUUCGCCAGAAAACUUCAAAUACAAGAAAAAGGAUAUGAUGAGAGUUGAAGAAAUAUAGCUAGUUGUUUUUCACUCCUAUAAAAAGAGGUAUUUGUCGUGCUAAGUUUUCCAUCACAGAUAAAAGAAAAUAAAUCAGAUUAGUAAAAUGAAGAUGGGUUUUGGUUUGUGCGCCAUUUUUCUUGUUUCGUCGUGGGCUUUGGUUGCAUAUGCAUCAGAUCCAAGCCAGCUUCAGGAUUUCUGCGUUGCUGUUCCUGAUGCACAAUCCGCUGUUUUUGUAAACGGCAAGUUUUGCAAGAACCCAAACAUGGUGGUUGCGGAGGAUUUCCUUUUCCAGGGUCUAAACAAGGCCGGAAACACUUCCAACAAGGUUGGAUCGGUGGUGACUCCCGUGAACGUUAACCAGCUUGCAGGGCUCAACACUCUGGGCGUUUCCAUGGCCCGCAUCGACUUCGCCCCUUACGGGAUAAACCCACCCCACACCCACCCGCGUGCUACCGAAGCCUUGGUGUUGGUGGAAGGCACUCUAUAUGUCGGCUUCGUCACGUCGAAUCCCGCGGCUGCUAACCAGAAGAACAAGCUCUUCACCAAGUACUUGUACCCUGGAGAUGUGUUCGUCUUCCCACAGGGUCUCAUCCACUUCCAGUUCAACGUCGGCAAGACCAACGCUGUUGCAUUUGUCAGCUUCGGCAGCCAGAAUCCCGGUACCAUAACCAUUGCCAACGCUGUGUUUGGCUCCGACCCUAAGAUCAACCCUGAUGUCUUGGCCAAAGCAUUCCAAGUUGACAAGAACAUCAUCGAUUACCUCCAAACCCAAUUUUAGAAUUAAUCCCUUGAACUAAACAUACUCUGCCUAUUUUAUUUUAUUUUAUUCCCUAAGAUAGACACGCAUUAGAUGUUGUGUCUUCUUAAUUCAAUAAAUUCAGUCUUUACUUGGUAAAGUUUGUAUUUUCAAAUUAUUUCUCAUGUGAUGAUGCAAUAAUAAACUUGUGUUUGCCGUUUGAUGUA